AUGAGCUUAAAGGAAGAAAACGACUCAAAGAAGGAAAAGGAGCCCAAGAAGACUGCCAAGGAGUCCAAGAAAGAAACCCCCAAAGCCGCAGAGCAAAACAAAAACAAUGAUCAGUCCACGAUUAAUCUCUUUACAGCCAAGAAAGCGGACACCAGCAAGAAAGAGAAGCCAGAAGUUAAGACUGCGGAGAAAGGCAAGAAGAAAGAUCAAAACACCAACGAUUCCAAGCCAAAAGAAGCUCCCAAAAAGGAUACACCUACAGCCUUAGGGAAGCCAAAGAAGGAGGAAUCAGUAGAAAAGAGCAACAAAGAAGAAAAGUCGCAGAAAGAAAAAGAAGAAGACUCACCUGCCGCCAGUAAUCAAAAAGAAACAACCAGGAAGAGUAAAGGCAAAAAACAGAAGGAGGAGGUCAACCAGAAGGAAGAAAACGACUCAAGGAAGGAAAAGGACCCCAAGAAGACUACCAAGAAGUUCAACAUUCGACGCAAGCGUUACAUAGGAAUUGGCAAUAACACAACAGACAUACGGAUACAUAAUGUUGUCUAUAACAGAGGCUCUUUCCAGUAUACGGCCCUUUGUAGAGAAACUGACUCACAUUAUUGGCGUUGUUUAACAGAUAACAUGAAGAAGAGGACACUAAGGGAUCGCUAACUAACACAUCAUAUGCUCCUAUAUAUUGGACUCCUUCAAGCGGACGACGAUUGAUGGUAUCAAUGUUGUUUGAUAGACGGCGCUGUAAAACUAAAGGCGCAUUACACGUCCGUCUCUAGGUUACAAACAUGAACAAAUAAGAUGUACCAAAGACAAUUUGGAUUAUAUUAAGGAUAACGCAAAUGUUAUACCACACUAGUGAUGGUAGAACAAUAAUAAGAAAUGUUAAUACUUAAGAAUGUUAACCUAAGCAAAAAUUGUAAACAAAGCAAAGAUUGCACUAUAUAGAUAUUGCACUCAGAGCUGUAAGAAUAUGUUAAAAGUAUCUUAAGUAGUCGUAAACAAUGUAUACACAAUGUUCCGAACGAUGUUAUUAGUUUAAGCAACUGUUAAGCCGUAUAUAAUGUAACACAAUGAGCUUGUACACAUAGUUAAGCUAGACAUAAGUAACGUUCAGCCAAUUGCCAGACAAUGUUAAGAUAAUCAAUGAGGUAGAAAGGAAGAAAACGACUCAAAGAAGGAAAAGGAGCCCAAGAAGACUGCCAAGGAGUCCAAGAAAGAAACCCCCAAAGCCGCAGAGCAAAACAAAAACAAUGAUCAGUCCACGAUUAAUCUCUUUACAGCCAAGAAAGCGGACACCAGCAAGAAAGAGAAGCCAGAAGUUAAGACUGCGGAGAAAGGCAAGAAGAAAGAUCAAAACACCAACGAUUCCAAGCCAAAAGAAGCUCCCAAAAAGG